AUGGUCAAGUCACUUCGCUUCGCCGACGGCGUGGAAGUGCCGGUGCCCGGUUUCGGUGCGAUGGGCAUCAGCUUUGCUCUCGGUAAUAAUCUGAGCUAUGAUGAGGCUGAACCUGUACUACUCAAAGCUCUGGAGUUGGGUUGUACAUUUUGGGAUACUGCCGUUUCCUACGGUGCAGGCAUCAAUGAGGAGAUAUUGGGCGAUUUUAUCAGGAAGCACAAUUGCCGCGACAAAAUUUUUCUUGCAUCCAAAUGCGGUAUUGCUGCCUUCGAAGACGGCAGAGUCACCAACUCGGCCUCGCAUAUUCGAACAUAUAUAGAGGGAACCAUCGAGAGGCUUGGCUUCACGCCGGACCUGUACUAUCUACAUCGCAUCGAUCCGAAUACAACACUCGAAGAAUCUAUACCCGCACUUGAUUCGCUUCGCAGGGAAGGCAAAACAAAGUAUAUUGGGCUGUCGGAAUGCUCGGCUGCAACGUUGCGGAAGUCAAAUUCAUUAGCCAGAAUCGACGCCGUGCAAGCAGAGUAUUCUGCCUUCGAGACUCUCCACGAGUCCGAUUGUCUUAUCUCGACCGCUCGCGAGCUCGGCAUCGCAUACGUAGCUUACGGUCCGCUUGGCCAUGGAUGGUUGGUUGACGACUUUCCUUAUCUAACCCCAGACGACUUCGAGCUCAACGACUACCGGCGCCAAAUCCCAAAGUUCCAAGGCGAAAACUUCUACGCCAACAAAAGGAUUGUUGAUGGGUUCAAAGAACUUGCCUCGCGCAAGAGGUGCACUUUACCACAGAUUUCCCUUGCAUGGGUGGCAGCUCAGGGUUUGAUUUCGAUUCCAGGAACGACAAAACCGGGGCGUCUCGAAGAGAACUGGCGUUCGAGGGAGAUAGAAUUCACGGAUGAAGAGCUUAAUCAUAUGCGCGCCAUCGUCGACUCUUUGAAGCCGCGGGGUGAUCGCUAUAAUGAGGUCGCGGCAAAGGAUAUUGGAAAUUAA